AUGCCUGUUUUGGAUCCUCAUUUGCUACUUCUAAUCCGAUUAACAUGGGUCGGGCUGUCGAUAUCGGAAAAAAUCCGCGCCGCUUCCACCCCUGCCCUCUUCGACGGGUCGGAGAUGGUGAACGACACGGGCAGCGAGGAGAAGUCGCGUAGGCUGCAUCGGAGGCGCUCGCUGUCUCCAUCUCCUUUGCCUUCUGAUUCGCGAGAUGGGGAAGAGCGGAGCAGAAAGCAUCGGAAGAGAGACGGGCAGGAAAGGAAGAUCCGGAAGGACGAGAGUAGUAGCAAGGAGAAGAAGCGUGAUAAGUCCCAUAAGCAUUCCAGGAGCGGGGACGGGAAAGGUAAGAAAUCAAAGGAGAAGCAUAAGAGAAGCAAAAAGGAUUCAGAUUCAUUUGAAGAGCUCUCCAAGGAUGACUACUUUUCAAAAAGCAACGAGUUUGCGACCUGGUUGAAGGAAAAGCGAGGGAUCUAUUUCUCUGACCUGACAUCUGAUAAAGCUAGAGAGAUUUUCAUUUCUUUCGUGAAGGAAUGGAAUAAGGGAAAGCUACAGCCACAAUACUACAAAGGCAUUUCUACUGGACCUCGAACAGCUCAUAACUGGAAAAUUAAACUUGAUGAAUAGGUCUAGGGAACCGAGUGUUUUGAAGGUUCAAAUUGCCUACUACUGCUUUCUUAGCUAAAUCAAGUUUGUUUAGUUUGUAACCAAGCACAUCUAUUUUAGCAGAUGCAUAUUUUGUACUGAGGAGGUUUGUUCUCAA